UCAGCACGCCUGUCUAAGGGGGGGGACAAACAAACCCUGGCGCCAGGAGGCAGACAGGCAGUGGUGCUGGUGUUGGUGCUGUUCACGUCCUUGAGGUGGAGGUAUACACGGCCGGGAUACACUGUGCACGCCUCACUCUGAUAUCUGUAGUACACGUAUCGGACACAAGUACUCUCUUCCGGUACAUCCUCAGACACUGGUGACAAGUGUUGAUUGCCAAGAGUGAUGGAGUAAUGUCAGCAACAUAAGUGACAGCCAUGUCUAAGGAAGAGGACAAUGCAAAGAAUCCUGAGGGGGCGUGGGCAGCAGCAGGGUUUGCUGUGGUGCUGCUGGUAGUGGGGGUGCCUGUGUGGUGGUUCACAACCACUGUGUACCGUGCACAGCUGCCCUAUAGCACCAUUGAGACGCUUUCCAGCCAGCUGCGGCACCACACUGUUGGGGUCACCAUCAUAGGCUCUCUGCCUCCAUCAUUCCAGGAGGACUUGGUAAAGAGUCUGGGAUCAAUGCAGAGUGUGAAGUUCCUGAUGUCUCAGAGGCAGCCCACCAAGGAAGAACGGCAGGCCCUGCACUCAGGCAAGACUCCCGAUGAGCUGGACAGGCACAUGAGCCAGCUGGUGCGGGUGGCAGCCGGCAUGCUGGCAGUGGUAGUGCUGCCGGAAGCAAUGGAAAUCAAAGAAGUGGUAGUGGGCACAGACCGGCUCAUCUACAUCAAGGCCACUGCUGACCUUCAAGUGGUGUCCAGUGUGGUGAGGAACAUGGUGAUGGAUCCGCUGGCCAGCAGGUACGCCUUCACCAACCGGCCCCUGCACCACAAAAAGGAGGCCAUGAGACAGGUGCCCACUGAACCUGGUUAUGAUGUGACCUUGACGCUGAUGGUGCCGGAACCUCACCGCACCAAGAUAGAGUGGGAUGCCAGGGCUGCAGUGACAGAUUACCUGAGUCCUGUGGUGAAGCAGCUGGAGAAUGUGAGCAAGCUGACAGUGCGCUCCCAGGUGCUGUACAUGACCGGUCUCAGCGUGUCUCCGCAAUGGUCCGAGGCACACAAACACUAUGCUCUGCCGGAAAAUCAGCUGCCACUCACCAUCAACGCCAUUGAGGCCAAAUUAGGAUCCUUUGUGUGGACUCGACCUUCCCUUCACUUUGUUGUGUAUAUUCCUCGAGAGAAGCAGCUGCCCCUCCACAUCCAUGCUGCGGAUGGCUCUCCUCUGCCUUCCAACAGCUUCCUGGUGCCUCGGUGGGGUGGAGUGAUGAUUCACAACGUGCCCACUGCGGCGCCCAAUGUCUCACUGCCACGCCCCGUCACCCUUGACUCUCACUGGAUCAUGAGCACCGUCCUCACCCACCUGCACCGCCUGCUGCCCAUCCCCUCCCUGAGAGAAAUAGAGGGUGUGGAGACUCUUGCUAUGAAGGACUCCUCAAUGCUGACAGCAUGGCAGCUGGAUGGCUUGGCCCGGGCCAGGGUCUCAGCUUACCUGUCCAACAUCCGCAUCACACUGCAGUCCCUGUGUGAGCUGGUGGGGGAGAUCAGCAACAUGGUGAUCAGUGAUGAGGUUGGAGGGUGGGUUUGGGGGGCAGUAGAGGAGUGGGAGGAGUGUGGCCGGGCAACCAGAGAGGGGCGCCUUCAGGAUGCAACGCUGUACUGCACCAGGUCCUUUACGCAGGCUGAUGCAGCAUUCUUCCAUCCCUCCAUGCUGGCGCUGCUCUACUUCCCUGAUAACCAGAAGUAUGCCAUCUAUGUGCCUCUGUUUCUGCCUGUGAGCAUACCAGUGCUGCUGUCCCUCAAGAUGGUGUUUGGCCUUUGCAGAAAGUCAAGUACCAAGGAAAAAAACGAGUAAUUGUACAUUAUAUAUAUAUAUAUAUAUAUAUAUAUAUAUAUAUAUAUAUAUAUAUAUAUAUAUAUAUAUAUAUAUAUAUAUAUAUAUAUAUAUAUAUAUAUAUCACAUACUCUUGAACCUCCCAUUUCACAGUCCAGUUAUUCAUUUUUCAUAAGGAUUUCAUGAUUACGACAUGAUUACACAUUCCAUGUAAAGGUAACAAGUAAUUGUGUGAUUUGGGAUUUUUAGCUUUGGACAAAUUAAAUUUUCAGAUCCUCUGUACAUGAUUCAGGCAAGAACUUUUAUAGUUUCAUGUUUGAUUAGGCUCCUCCUGGAGUGGGGAGAUGCACUGUGGGGAUUUGUCAUUGUAUACAGUAGUAGUAAAUAGAUAAAAAGGUAUGGGAUGUAAACUGAGGAAUUGUAACCUUAGCAGGAGAGGAUGAUUAAUCUUAUACUCCAGUUCAUGUGUAUGUGUCAUUCACCUACAGUCAUCUGCUAGUCAUACAAUUGUUCUCAUACAGAAGGAGCUCAGAGCUCAUAAUGACUGAUCUUUUUUGGUUAGGACUGCCUUGCCAUGCCCAGGACUUGAAUCUAGGCCUUUUCAGUUGUGAGCCAAGCAUGGUAACCACUUCACUGUGUGUGUGUGUGUGUGUGUGUGUGUGUGUGUGUGUGUGUUACACCAAGGCAAGGUAUAUAUAAAGACUGAAAAUUUAUCCUUUUCCCAGGGAUUCUUUUAUUCAUACAUUUGUUCAUUACUGGCAUGAAGCAUUCAUAAUGGAUGUUCAUCUCUUAACAUUAUGUAGAAACACAGAACAACAUCAGCAGUUGGCAAUGGUUUUCAAAUUACAUGUUUUCUUUCUUUA